UUUCGAUUCUUUGUCAUGAAUGUCCUUGUCCUUGGCGGCACCGGGCCUCUCGGCCUUUGCAUUCUCAGCCAGCUCGUGGAGGCCAAGCACAAGCCCGACUUCCCAGUCAAGCUCAAUACGAUCACUGCAGUGGUACGCCCAGAAUCCAAGAAAAAGGUCAGCGACGACGUACUUGCUGGGUUGCGUUUGAUUGAAGGGAGCCUCUUGAACGACGCCACGAUGACCCAGGCACUAGAGAACCAAAACGUCAUCAUUGUGACCGUUGGCCACGGAUCUGUGUGCCACGAAAGCAUGGAAUUGCUUAAUGCUCGUGCUAACGUGUCCCCUGCUCACCGCAUUGUCGUCGUUACGUCGUUGGGCACGAAUGAGUCGUACGACGAAUGCAAUUUCUUUACCAAGACUCUUGUGAGCACUCUUCUUCGCACUGAAAUCGGCCACAAGAAAAUCCAGGAAGAUUUGUUGCGGUCGGGCCCGUAUAGCACGUCUGAGACGAAGGAUUACGUGUUGGUGCGUCCUGGUGGGCUCACCGAUUCCGAGACGACAGGCGUGUACACCGCCGCGGAGCGAGGCAUUGCCGGCGGACGCAUCACGCGCGGCAACGUUGCACAUUUUAUCGUGAACGAGCUCGUGCCAGGCAAGAAGGGAGACAAGUAUUCGAACAAAACCUUUCAGCUGGUUUAACCCGACAAAAUGAAAAGCUUUGACAGUGUCUCGACCGUCC